AUGUCCGAACACGUCCCAGUUACCCAGACUCACACCGAAACCGCCGAGCCAAAGAUGGCCGAGGCCGUCGCCGUGGCUCAGAACAAGGUCGCCGCCGUCGCGCACGACAAAGAAGAGGAAGCCAAGCAGACCCAGGAAGCCGCCGUGCAAGCUGCUCAGGACAAAGCCGCCGAGGUGACGCAAGCCAAGCAGGCAGAGACCAAGACCGAGGAAGUCAAGGCCGAGGCCGCCAAGACGGAAAAGAAGAGCGAGGAGGAGGUUGAAACCAAGUCUCCAAGCAUGAUGAAACGCUUUGUGGCCAAGCUCAAGAAACUGUUGAAGUAG